CCUCAACCACAAGGCUAGCUCCUGCUCUUGUGGCCAAAAGAUCAUAUUCAAUAUAUCAUUGAAUUGAUUUUUAUAUAUAAGAUAUUAUAUAUAGCAAUAUUUAACUAAUUAAGUUCUUCUUCUUGAAUUAAUAUGGAAUUCAUAGUCUUGUUCCUUCUCUUCUCCCUGAUCAACAAUAUUUACAGUUCAGAAGCUACUGAUGUGAAGAAGCUGUUUGUGUUUGGGGACUCGUUAGUCGACGUCGGAAACUUUCCUGAUCAAAAACUCGGUGGAUUUGAUGAGCCCUAUGGGAUGACAUUUCCUGGAAAACCGUCUGGGCGAUUCUCCGAUGGUCGUGUUUUGAGUGAUUAUAUAGCUUCAUUUUUGGGGUUGGAAGCUCCUGUUGCAUUCAAAGCAAGAAAAAUCACAGAGAAAUCGAAAAUAGAAAAUGGGAUGAACUUCGCUUGUUCAGGGAGCGCUGUGUUGGAUCAUCCUGUAAUCCAGCCACGUGCCCCGAACAUGACUGAACAAAUCGAUUAUUUUCAAGCCAUGCUUGAUGAUGAAAAGUUGUUCACCAAAGACGACCUUCAAUCAUCUAUUGCCUUCAUCAACAUCGGAGUCAAUGAUUACAUUGCACAUAAGAGGGGUGAUAACAUAACGAGUUUGCCAAAUAUAGCAGCAAAGGUGAUCGACCAACUUGUCCUGGAUAUCAAACGAAUUCAAGACUUGGGAAUGCCAAAGAUAGCCUUGGCAACACUGAUUCCCCUGGGAUGUGCACCAACACACAGCAUAAAAUCACCAAAAAAGUGUUGCGAUGAAGAGAUCAACAAGAUCAUAGAAUCUUACAAUCAGAAAUUAAAGGAAGCAGUGAAAGAAUUAAAGAACGUCGAAAUCAUCGAUGUUUACGGGGCUAUGACAUCCGCACUGAACCGACCUGCAGAAAGUUUGAAGUUUGAUCCAUUGGAGCAAUGUUGUGGGGGUUCAGAUUUUCCUCACUUUUGUGGGAAAGAAAAAGGUGAGAAAAAGAUGUACAAAGUGUGCGAUGACCCAAAAUUAUCGAUAUUUUGGGAUUAUGUACAUCCUUCCCAGAAUGGGUGGGAACUUAUUUAUUCCGCUCUAAAACCUUCACUAAAUGUAUUAUUUAAUUAAUAUUGUGUUGAUUCGUGGAUGAAAUAAAUAAGUGUAUAUGAA